UUCAUAUAUAAUAAUCGACGGGGAGGUUUACCGGAGAUGCUGCACUGCCUUCACGCCGCCGCGUCGGAAGGUGCCGACAUCAGCGUCCUCGAUCGGCAGCGUUCGCGCCACAAAUGGCAGCAGGAUCAGUUAUUAAUUCAACAGCACCACCAGCAGAAUCAGCCCCUUCCUUAUUUCAGCGACAACAGCGAUCAAUUGGGCGGAGUUUUUAUGUCAUUGAACGGCGAUCACGGCGGUCUCCACGAGCUGCUGCUCGGCGGCGCGAUGAAACCCGACCCGGGUCUGGAGAACGGGUGGGGCGGUGAUUUGGUUGGGGGUUUGAACUACGCGUCGGAAUUGGAAAAGAAUUACGCUAUUCAGAGAACCGUCAGCUGCCCGCCGGACGUGGCGGCGGCGAAGAUCGCCGCCCAGGAGGCCGCUCUGAGCUCCGCCGCCGGUAGAGAGAGUUCCAAAAAGCGAAAGGCUGAUAAAACUCAAACCCUUAAGGUAAUUGCAGAGGAAAAAACAGAGGAGAAGAAGAUGAAGGAAUGCUUCGAAGAAGAUUCUAAAAUUACAGAGCAAAACAGCAAUAACAACAACAAAAGUAGCACAAUAACAACUGCUACAAAUUCAAAGGAUAAUAAUAAUAAUUCAAAGGAAUUUCCGAAAACCGAUUACAUUCAUGUUCGUGCUCGUCGCGGUCAAGCUACUGACAGCCAUAGCUUGGCUGAAAGAGUGAGAAGGGAAAAAAUAAGUGAGAGAAUGAAAUAUCUUCAAGAUUUAGUUCCGGGCUGUGAUAAAAUUACUGGCAAAGCUGGAAUGCUUGAUGAAAUUAUCAAUUAUGUUCAAUCUCUUCAAAGACAAGUUGAGUUCUUGUCCAUGAAACUGGCUGUAAUUAAUCCAAGACUGGAUUUCGACGUUGAAAACUAUCAUACGAAGCAGAAUUUUACGGGGUGUUCGUCUAGUGUUCCGACAAUCGGGACACCUUCGGAAAUGAUGGAUCAAUCCCUACUUCAGUUCAAUUCAUUAGGGCAAGAAGUUUCGGGUUCGAUUCUUGAAAUGUUAGUUAAUCCUAUGGAUGUUUCUCUGAGGAGGACAAUUAGUGCUCCUGUUUCAGUCCCACAUCCAUUUCUUGAUUCAUCCAGUUUAAAUCAGCAAAUUCAGCACGUAACAUGGGAGGAUGAAUUCCAAAACAUAUACAACAUGGAGUAAAGAUCACAACCCCAUUUAUUAUUUCUCAGCUGCCAUUUACAGGUUUAUUCGAGCAGUAUGAAGCUGAAAACACGAACGGCAUGCACCAAAUGUACAAAUUUCCACGAACAAGUCGAAUUCUCGAGUGUUGCAGAUGAAUCUUUUUUUCGACAUUAUUGAAACUAAAUGCUGUGUAUAUCUAUGUUAUGUAUACCCCCACCAGCGCAAGAGAAAAUAUUAACAAAAUGAUUAUUGAUUAAUUAUUAAAAAGAUAAAUGAGAUGUAGCCCAAUUUUGCAUAUGAAUGUGAGAAAGAGUUAAUCAAGAAACAUGGAUUCUGUAAUUAUUAAGACAAAAGUGUCACAUUCAUCAAAUUGGACAAGUUGUUUGUGUGAAUUAGAAACAUGGAAGCAGGUUUUAA